AUGGGAAGUCCCAAGACUUGUACGCGCUUCCUAAGCUGCUUCGGAUGUGGCGUGGCAGCACCCGCAGCAGCCGUAGUAACCAAAAAUGGACCCACCAGCGAUCCCGCUAGCCCUGCCAUUUGCAAAGCAGCAGCUAAUAUCAGCGCCGGCGUCAGCGUCGUGACGGAUUCCUCCGUAGGAAGCCGGCUGCCCACGGCGGGAAGCGUCCGGCGGCCUUCUCAGGCAUUUUCGGAGCCUUCAUCACAGAGCCCCUGGUCAUUCUCUGAUGGAUUACUUAAAAAACGAUUGCCUGUGGCGCACCCGCCAUCGCGAGGCAGCGGCAGCGGCGGCGACGUUGGUGAAUGGCCUUCCAGCGUAUUUGAGGGCUUCACUCCGUGGCGCCGUACUCGCAAGCCUCGCGUCCGUUCCAGCUACGUGUCUCCAGCGUACGACACGGAGGACGAGCUAUCCCCCACCGCCGGCAUCUCCCGCUCGCCCUCGGCCUCUGCUGGCGGCUGCGGCGGCCGCGGCGGCGGCGGCUCGUCCUCCUCCCUGGUGGAGCCAACCCUGGAGGAGGAGGGGGCACCGCAAGACGACUGCGCCGCCGCCGUCGCCCCCGCUACUGCUGAAUCCGUACCCUCACUCAAGCGCGGCGGCGGCGACGGCGCCGGCGGCGGCCUUGGAAUCAAGGACGCUACGGCGGAGGGCUACGGGGGGCCCAGCGGGGCUGCAAGCGAUGGCCUGCAAGCUGGGAAUGGUCCCUGGCUAAGACCUUCUGCGACGCUGGAGGCUGUACGACAACGUCCGGUGCAGGUUCCGGAGCGCGCACGGGAGCGGGGGAAACAGGCAAUGCAGGUCGAGGAGGUGGACGGCAGUGAAGGCCAGGUCCUGCCACAGCACCCUGGCGUUGUCAGUACGGCGUCGUUCUUAAAGUCCGCGUCGUUUGCAUUGUCAACGGUAGCGGCGGCGGCGGCGGCUCGAAGGGAUGGCGUUACAGCUGGCGACGGCGGCGGGAGCUGCGGCGAAGAAUCCCGUAACAUGAGCGCAGCUAGCAGUAGAGGUAGCGCCAGCGGGAGGAGUAGCAACAGCGGCUUCAGGCGGCCCCGCUCACGUCGUGGUGGCGGCGGUGGCGGCAGUAGCAACGCAGGAUAUGCACCCGGCGACGCCAUCGCAGCGUACGGUAGGUAUGGCGUCACGCGGCGGCGGAAUGGUUUCGGAGCCGCCGCCGUCGGAAUGUUUGGGGGUUCACGUCGCGAGCUGGCUCGAGGAGUUGCUGCCGCCGUCACCCGGUUAUCAUGCCCAACGACCUGCCGUACGGCCUGGCGGUGGCGUCGCCGCGAAGAGAGUGACGGUGGCGGCGCCGGACAGCUUCAGAACUCUCAUGCGCGAGCUUGA